UGUUUCCAUAAAUAGCUCCUUCUUCUGGCAUCUUUUUUCUUUAACAAAAAAAUUCAAAGGAAUAUUUUUGUAGUCUGUAAAGGCCAAACUCUUCUUAUGCUAAAUGCUGUUCGGUGUUACAUCUUUUAAAAUAGCCUGCAGGAAGGGGGAAAUGAACCCUUUCCUCCCACACGACAGCCCCUCUCUGCACUAUGCAUUUAAAGCAGUAUCAUAUCAUUUUAAACAGCCAGGGCUUCUGCAACCAACUCCCUCAGUGAACAUGGGAGCAAGGCAACAUGACCCAGGAGGGGUUUUCUCUGAGUGGCAGCGCACAUUGAGAAUCUGCAGCAAGGACUCAGAGUUCCUGAGCAACUUAUUUCCAGUUAAAGCUUAGCUGCAUAAAAAAUACAAGUGUACUUUAAUUAAAAAGCUCUCCAUGAGGGAUAGCGCUGAACAGUGUCACUAGUAAAGGCACAAUGGUUAGGGUCCGUUAUAAAAUGGUAUUGCAGGUUUAAAUGAGAACUUUGCUUUCAAGGCCCUUAAGCAAAACGAUUUCUCAGAAAUCUGUUGCUCCCUAGAAUGGGUUUACCAUGCCUGUAAAACAGCUCUAGUCAACUUCUAGGACCUUUCCCUCUACCUGAGGGAUUUGUCAAGCUUAUCGUAUUGGACAAACCCCUAAGCACCCUAAACUGCUUUCCUAGCCAGGCCCUAUCUGACAGGUAAACUGUCAAAAUGAGCCUUUUCCAUCCUCUCUCCCACCCGAUGGGACGCUUCUCAUCCCUGCCAUGGUUGGCUGAGAGUGUCCUGGAGGUUGACCCAACGGUCUGUCCAUCACAACUUCCCCCAAAGAAUCAUGGGAAUUGUAGUUUGAUAAGGGUGCUGAGAGGUGUUAGGAAAAACCCCUGUUCCCCCUCACAAUUCCCAGAAUUCACAGCUAAGAUGGAUUGACUGUCAAACCACUCUGAGAAACAUUGCUCUGUGAGGUGAAUUGUGGGUCAGGCAGUUGGGAAACACCGCACAAGAGACUUUGACAGGUGGGCGGAACAACCCAGCUGUCUAUCAUCAUACUUGAGUGAUUGACAGGUGGGUUGUCCCGCCCACCAAACAAACUUGUCCUACAGGGGGCUGGGGACAGACAGCAACCUGGCCCGCUGUGCCAAAAAGGUAGGCCACACCCCUUCUCUCGAACACCACAAGCUUCAUUUAGAACAAAAAAGGCUGCAAAGUUUUGUUUUUCAGUCUCCUGCACCAUUGAAACAGCGUGUUCCAUAAUUCUCUCUAGACAAGUGGGCAAGAGGCCAAGAAAUGAAUUGCAGAGGAAGACUUAUUGGCAGAGGCAGAGACUUGAUCAUCUGCUUCUUCCUUGAGCUUCUCCUAAAAUGUUUUUGCACUUCCAAAAGCAGCAGCUGAAAGGAGGAGAAGAAGGGGAAGCUUUUAGAAGUCUCCAGACAAGAAGAAUGGUGGCAUAAAAGCCCAGGCUGUGUGGCCUGGACCAGGGGCUAAAGGGAAGGAGAAAUUAGAUUCAGUUUGUGUUGCAAGGCCAAGCUACCUAGCCAGAGGCACUGCCUUGGGCCAAAGACUUGGGGGUAGCGUUGUGUUGCACAUGUGGCAUCACACACGUGAUGCAUGACACACACCUAUGACAUCACGCGUGCAACGUCAGGAGGAGGCCUUGCCCAGCUCCAUGGAGCUUCAAUGGCUGCGGCUCCUCCUCUCUUGCUCUCAAGUUCAUAAAGGGAGAUAUUGAUCUUUCAGAUAACCUUGGCCCUGGCCACAUAUGAAAUGAAAACAGCAGACAAAACGCAUUAGGUUAGGGGAGAUGGCUUUGCAAAAAUGUGUACAUUAUGGCAAAACUGCAUGCAGAAAUGUGUCUUUCGGGAGGAAUUUGCACUGAAAUGCUGAUCAGGCUUUAACUAUAAACUGAUAUGGAGAACCGAGCUUAACAAAUGGAAAAGGAGAAACUGAAAGCGAUAAGAGCCCUCCAACCCUAAGCUACAAACAAACUACACUCUGCUCCUUUGGGAUCACAGAGGCUGUCUCUUAACUGAUCUCACUGGAGGGUGUUCAUUAGGGCAGAUGGGGGCACUGCCCCACCAAUCUCAACAUGCCCUCAGCCAGUCCCCACCAGCCUGCCUGCCUUCCUACAACCAAUUGGGUUGGCUCUGCCUGUUGUGGGCUCUGGAAGCCACAGAGGGGAGAGUGCUCUCAUGCUCAGAUCCUGCUCAGAGGUUUCCCAAAGGGAUCAGGUUGACCACUGCAGAAGUGAUGGUUUUAAGAGAGGACUGGACAAAUUCAUGGAGGAGACGGCUGUCAAUGGCUACAAGACACAAUGCCUGGGAUAGCUCCGUUGGUUAGAGCAUGGUGAUGAUAACUCCAAUGCUGCUGGUUUGAUCCCCGUAUGGGACAGCUGCAUUUUCCUGCAUUGCAGGGGGAGGGGGAUUGGAUGAAAUCAGGGGUCAGCAGACUUUUUCAGCAGGGGGUCAGUCCACUAUCCCUCAGACCUUGUGUGGGGCUGGACUAUAUUUUGGAAAAAAAAUAUGAAUGAAUUCCUAUGCCUUACAAAUACCCAGAGAUGCAUUUUAAAUAAAAGGACACAUUCUACUCAUGUAAAAACAUGCUGAUUCCCGGACCAUCUGAGGGCCGGAUUUAGAAGGCGAUUGGGCGGCAUCCGGCCCUCAGGCCUUAGUUUGCCUACCCAUGGAUGAGAUGAUCUUCGCGGUCCCUUCCAACUCUACAAUGAUAUGGUUCUGUUGUGUGCCUCCACAGUCUGAGGCAGCAAUGCUUCUGAAUUCCAGUUGCUGGAAGCCAUAGGAAGGGUCUUGCAGUCGGAUCCUGCUCGCUGCUUUCCCGCAGGCACGAUUUCUAUGUUCUGCCCCCUUAUUGGAAGCAGAAUGAUUCCUCGUGAUUCCUAGCAAGUUGAGAGAGUGUUGUGGGGCUCAGAUGCUGCUGUCAGGCUCCCCAUCCCAGAGGCAUUUGGCUGGCCAAGGUGACAAGAAGAUGCUGGAUUGAGUGAGCCUUGGGCCUCAUCCACCAGGGCCCUUCUUGCGUCCUUGUUUUGAAAUGUUUUAGGAAACAUGUAUGGGACGCAGGUGGCGCUGUGGGUUAAACCACAGAGCCUAGGACUUGUCGAUCAGAAGGUCAGCAGUUCGCGCGACGGGGUGAGCUCCCGUUGCUUGGUCCCAGCUCCUGCCAACCUAGCAGUUCGAAAGCGCGUCAAAGUGCAAGUAGAUAAAUAGAUACCGUUCCAGCGGGAAGGUAAAUGGCAUUUCCAUGCACUGCUCUGGUUCGCCAGAGGCGGCUUAGUCAUGCUGGCCACAUGACCCGGAAGCUGUACACCGGCUCCCUUGGCUAGUAAAGCGAGAUGAGCGCCGCAACCCCAGAGUCGGUCACAACUGGACUGGGGUCCCUUUACCUUUAGGAAACAUGUACAGCAUAGAAUCAUAGACUUGGAAGGGUCAUCUAGUCCAACCCCCCCGCCCCCCCCGUGAUGCAGAAUUUUUUUGCCCAAGGUGGGGCUCGAAUCCCUGACCCUGAGUUCAAGAGUCUCACGCUCUACCAAGCGGGGAUGCAGUAAAUUGUAGGGGCUAGUGGCUAAAGCAGAUAAAUAUCUGCCAGUUCCCACACCCCUCAAGCGCUGGAUGCAGUGUGGCGCUUUCCUUGUUACCAUGACUGCCUCCCCCGGGAGAUUUUUGCCUGGAACAAACAGAAGACAGCGCGUUCCCAGUGGGGUUGGCUUUGGUGAUGGCGAGAGAAAUCAGCACUGGGUUCCUCAGGUGUGCUGGAGAUGGCAGGCUUUUGGACCCUGAGGGAGCCUUCUCUCUCUCCCUCCUUCUCUAUUAGUGGCUCCUGCUUCCUCGAGAUUUAAAACUCGCCAGCCCCUGCAAGGAAGUCUUGGCUGGUGUAGCUGAGGCUGCACCUGCAGUCAGCCCCCCUGCUCUCUCGCGCUUGCGCUGCUGGUUUGUGACUCGCCGGGACUCUGCUGAACUUCAGCUGUCCAUCUCUCCCUCCACGUCCGGGGCCCUGGAUUUUAUCCAGAGCUGCAACCGCCUUUGCAGAGAUGGGCUCUUCCCACUCGGUGCCGGACGAAAUCCAGGAGCUUGCAGACAAGACGGGCUGUGAGUAUACUAAACUUUCCUCUCGUCGCUCCCCAGUGACCUCCCUCCCCUGCAGGACUUGGGAAGAGAUGGUUUUGCGCUUUCUCCCUCUUUCCCUUCCAUCCCCCCCCUCCCUGUACAUCCCAAGGGCAGCUGAUCCUUGGCGCAAGAAUGUGGCUUGACAGCUUGAGCAACUCCGGGCUUUUUCCUCUGUGGGUGAGAGGAGGAGGGCUUAUCUUUCAGCAAUGUGAUUGAAAUCCUGGCAGUGUCCGUGCGCGUGCAAGUGAUGGCAUCUAGCAGAAGCCGCUCAGCUGGGGGGAAGAGGAAGUUUGCAAAGGAGACCACCAGUUUCGCAAAGCGUUUUGUGUCUGCAGGCUGCGGUUCGGGGCUUUCUGAGUGCUUGCUGGCAUGUGCAACCGGCUUUUCUGUUCAGAGCCUGGAGCUAUGCAUCUGUAUCUUGCAUACUUUUAUAUGGAGAUAUAUAGAUACACACACACACACACACACACACACACACACACAGGGCUGUUGCUGCCACCCAUGUUGCUCACCAACCCACACACCUGGGACUACAAAUCCUCCAUUGGGGGCUGCGUGAUGACAGCCUUACCUUUAUAUGUAUAUAGGAGUAUAGAUAUGGUUUUAACAUAAAAUGACAUUCAUUGGCUCUGACAAACGCUGUAGUGUUACAUGCAUAUCUUAGCCACAUUAAGAAGGGAACAUUGAGUGAGACUACUGUCAAAUAACCAAAUUAUUGACUGCAUUGCCAAGGCUUCAACUGCCCAUGACAUAGCCUCUCCAUAAUUAACAGAGAGAAGCUGGUGUGGUAUCAACAUUACUUUGGUUUGCAUAGCUGAUCAAUGGGAGCCACACUUUGUCAAAAUGAUCGUGUUCAGUUUGGCCCUUUUGUGUUGUGUUAUAUGCUUGGAAAGAGCCAGAUCCCGAACUUCCUGCCAUCUCCUUUGGGGUCUUUCCAAGGGGAGGUGAUUUCUAGAUGGGUAGAGGUGAACACAACCUGGCAGCUGUGUCUCAUGUAUAAGGGGAGGGUCUUGGUUGGUGUCUAGUGACAGGGGGGCCAGAACAGCGUUAGGAAGGGUUCAAUGUCCGGCCCAUAAUACUGGAGACAUCAAAAAGGCUUUGCCAAAACCCAGUAAGCUUAUCAUACUCCCGCCAUCUUGCAAACUUAAUAGCCAAGGCAUUUUCCCCCAGCUGUCUAAUGCACAGUGGAACCAUUGCUUCAUUUCAGGAAAACCCAAGUUUUGCAGAACUGCAAAACGUAAUCUGAAAAAAGAAAAGCCACAUUUUCAAGAAGGCAGUUGGGGGUGGAAGAAAAAACAGGAUAAGGAAGUGGUCCUCAACAGUCAAUGUAGAUCAAUAUUGCCUACACUGACUGGCAGUGGCUCUCUGGGGUUUCAGUCAGGCUUUCUGUCUCCCAGACCUGCCUUGAGUUGCUGGGCAUGGAACCCGGGGCCUCCUACAUACAAGGCACAUGCUCUGCCACUGAGCUAUGGCCAACUAGAACCCUGAACAGAAUCCUUCCCAAUGGCCGCAUUAUGUUGCAGACAGAGGUGUAGCAUGGGAGUGCAGGGAGUCAUGGCCCCAGGUGCACAUUUUUAAGGGGGUGCUCUCACAAAAGGCAUGGAGCCCUGACAGCUGAGGCACGGCAGCAGGUGGGUGGGUUUAGUGGGCAGGUGGAUGGAGGCAGCGGACAAGGAGCCUGUUGCAAGGUGGGCUCUGUUCACCCUGACAACGUGCCCUCCUGGUACAUGCUCCCACCCCAGCUGCAUAGUCCACCGGGCAUGCACAACACUUUUCCCACCCCGGGUGCCAGCAACCCAUGCUAUGCAGCCGGUUGCUGAUUCCAUUUGUAGACAUAGGAAAGCUGGUCAGAAACAGAAUGGAAACUGUGGUCCUUCUAGGGUUGAGCUGCAGCUCCCAUCAUCCCUUGGCUAUUGGCCAUGCCAGCUGAGGUUGAUGAAGUCCAAACACACCUGGAGGGACCCUGGAGGGCCAAAGGUUCCCUUUUUAAUAGUGGUAAGAACCUAAGAAGUAUACCUGAAGGAGCGUCUCCACCCCCAUCGUUCUGCCUGGACACUGAGGUCCAGCGCCAAGGGCCUUCUGGCAGUUCGCUCACUGCGAGAAGGCAAGUUACAGGGAACCAGGCAGAAGACCUUCUCGGUAGUGGCGCCCACCCUGUGGAACGCCCUCCCACCAGAUGUCAAAGAGAAGAACAACUACCAGACUUUUAGAAGACAAGGCAGCCCUCUUUAGGGAAGCUUUUAAUGUUUAACAGACCACUGUAUUUUAAUACUUUGUUGGAAGCUGCCCAGAGUGGCUGGGGAAACCCAGCCAGAUGGGCGGGGUAUAAAUAAUAAAUUCUAUUCUAUUCUAUUCUAUUCUAUUCUAUUCUGUGAAGAGACUGCUGCAUCAGGCCAAUGGCCCAUAAAGUCCAGCAUCCUGCUCUCACAGUGGCCAACCAGAUGCCUGAAUGGGAAACUCGCAAGUAGGACUUGAGCGCAAGAACACUCUCCCUCCCCACCAGCAAUUGGUAUUCAGAAGCUAGUAGUCAUCAAUAGCCUGGUCCUCCAUGAAUUUUGUCCAGUGCUCCUUUGAAGCCACCUAACCUGGUGGCCAUCCCUGCCUCCUGUGUGGGAACAAGUUUCAUAGUUCAACUCGGUGCUGUUGGAAGAUUUAGGGCAGAGAAAAGAAAGUCCACAGCAUACAGUGGAACAGUGGAACUCUCUCCCCCAUGAGGCAGUGAAGGCCACCAACUUGGAUGUAUUUGAAAGAGAAAUGGAUGAAUUCAUGGGGGAGAGGGCUAUCGACGGCUACCAGCCAUGAUGGUUAUGCUCUACCUCCACAUUUGGUGGCAUCGGAUGCCCACAAGUUCUGGUGUUUUGAGAGAGAGAAUCAUAGGAUCUUAGAGUGGGAAGGGACCCAAAAGUAAUCUAGUCCAACCCCUUUCAAUGCAGGAAUCUCUGCUGAAGCAUCCAUGGCUGAUGGCCAUCCAACCUCUGCUUAAAAACCUCCAAGGAAGGAGAGCCCACCACUUUCUGAGGGAGACCGUUCCACUGUCAAACAGCUCUUACUGUAAGAAAGUUCUUCCUGAUGUUUGGUUGGAAUUUUCCUUCUUGUAACUUGAAGCCAUUGGUUUAGGUCCUAGAUUCCGGAGCAGCAGAAAACAAGCUUGUUCCCUCUUCCAUGUGACAACCCUUCGGCUAUUUGAAGAUGGUUAUCAUAGAAAGUGAGCUCCAUAGUUGAACUAUGUGCUGUGUGAUAACAGAAGUUAGAGUUGUAGUAAGAGUCACAAUAGCCAUAAUAAUAGCUGUAGUACAGUGGUACCUCAGGUUACAGACACUUCAGGUUACAGGCUCCGCUAACCCAGAAAUAGUACCUCAGGUUAAGAAAUUUACCUCAGGAUGAGAACAGAAAUCAUGGAGGCCCCAUUAGCUAAAGUAGUACCUCAGGUUAAGAACAGUUUCAGGUUAAGAACGGACUUCCAGAACAAAUUAAGUUCUUAACCCAAGGUACCAUUGUAUUACUUUGAAGAUAUUAUAAUACCAGCAAAAUGUGACAUUGGAAGAAAAGAAGAAGCAGAAUACAUUCCCAGUAAUGAGACAAGUCAGUUGUCUUGUACACACCUAGAAAUGGGUUGUAUAUAUCACUUCAGUGAACAGUUUCCAUUUUUAUGGCUUAGGACUGUAUGUGGAUAUGCAUUAUCCUGCACUUUAUUAGAUGAGUACAUUAGAAAAAGACUCUAUUUUUUCUACAAAGCAAUUGUAGAGCUGACCUCCCUCUUACUCUUAAUUCAUUAGUUCAUUAGUUUUAUCAUGUUUGCUCCCCCUCAGACUUGAGUUAACCCAUCUUUUCCUGUCAGAGUUCUUAUCUUUUUUCAGUGGUAUCAGAAUGCUAUGUGGGCAGCUCUUAAUACGCGGAAGUCAAUUUCCUUAUCUAUUAAGAGCAGGUGUCUAACAUAGCCAAUUAAAAAUAACCAGAAGGUCAGAUGGGAGUGCAUACAUCCUAUGGUUAUUUCAAUCUCUGCUUAUUACAUCGGCCCAACAUUUCCUUCCUUUUUCGGACAAGCCCCCUCCCCCAAAUAUGUGGUCUGUCCCUUUAGCAAAAUCACUUAAAUGACACAAACCCCAUCGGGAAGAGCCCUGAUUACAGCUGACAGAGCAAACCAAACAAAAAAUGAUUUGAGGAGAGAGGCGCAGAGAGGUUCUGUCUUUCUUAGUGCAGGAACUAAGAAAACGCUGAACAAAAAAAACAACCCAUGCAGAGGAAACCUCCCUCAGCCAAUCAGAGCGUCCGCUGCCCCAGCGAAGGUCAUGCCACUCUGCUAAGCAACACCACCCACUGGCCCCCUCUUAGCUAAUUGACUUUAAAACGCUGGCAGACCAAACCCUUAAAUUAUACCCAGGAAGAUCUUUGCUGCUGCACUGCCAACAGUUCCUUCGAAUGGCCCCAAAUUCCCUUUCCUUGUACUGUGCGACCUAAGAUAGGGAACACAUGUUAUCUGUGUGCACACAUGCAUGUGUAUUUGUUGUGCCUCUGUCCUCAAUGGCUGGGGUCCCAAGGGGGCAGGGAACAGGUUUAGCUGCCGAAGCAUCAAUGUGCUGCGCCCUUUAAAAAUUAUACCCUGCCUUUCCUUGAAAUUCAAUAUCUCUGAAUGCCAGUUGAAGGGAAUCACAAGUGGGGGAGAGUUUCUGUUGCGCUCGGGUCCUGCUGGCAGGUUUCUCAUUUGGGGGGGGGGUAAUCUGGUUGGCUGUUGUGAGAACAGGAUGCUGGACCAGACGGGCCGUUGGCCUGAUCCAGCAAAGCUCUUGUUUUAAGGACUACAACAAAUAAACAAACAAAGAAAUAUGGCACAAAGUGCACCUGAUGAAGGGGAUCCAAGCCCUCGCAGGCCCUUGGAAACAAUUGAUUUCUUAAUCUUGAAGAUGCUGCAGCAAGUGCAAUUCAGAAAAGUCCCCGGUGAUCCUAUAUGUUUCCUUACGGAAUUAAUUAGUAAUUUUUGCUCUGCUCUGUUUUAUUCUUGGCAUCCGUUGCUGAUUUCUGUUGUUCCUGUUGUUGGGUGUGGGGUUUUUGUUGUGGUGGUUGUUGUUUAAAUGGUAAAUGUGGUGUUUCAAUUUGUAAACCACUAUGAAAUGCAGCUCUUUUAACUGCCUAGAGAAGUUUUUAAUGUUUGAUGUUUUAUUGUGUUUUUAAUAUUCUCUUGGGAGCCACCUAGAGUGGCUGGGGCAAGCCAGUCAGAUGGGCGGCAUAUAAAUAUUUGUUGUUUAGUCGUUUAGUCGUGUCCGACUCUUCGUGACCCCAUGGACCAGAGCAUGCCAGGCACUCCUGUCUUCCACUGCCUCCCGCAGUUUGGUCAGACUCAUGUUUGUAGCUUCGAGAACACUGUCCAACCAUCUUGUCCUCUGUCGGCCCCUUCUUCUUGUGCCCUCCAUCUUUCCCAACAUCAGGGUCUUUUCCAGGGAGUCUUCUCUUCUCAUGAGGUGGCCAAAGUAUUGGAGCCCCAGCUUCACAAUCUGUCCUUCCAGUGAGCACUCAGGGCUAAUUUCCUUAUGAAUGGAUAGGUUUGAUCUUCUUGCAGUCCAUGGGACUCUCAAGAGUCUCCUCCAGCACCAUAAUUCAAAAGCAUCAAUUCUUUGGCGAUCAGCCUUCUUUAUGGUCCAGCUCUCACUUCCAUACAUCACUACUGGGAAAACCAUGGCUUUAACUAUACGGACCUUUGUUGGUAAGGUGAUGUCUCUGCUAUUAUUAUUAUUAUUAUUAUUAUUAUUAAAGAAUGGGGAGAGAUUUGGUCUGGUUCGGAUGUUGACACAAACCUCCCUAAUAUGCAUAUUCUGAAACAAUAUGUGAACUGAAACACAUCUGUGCACUGAAAUUUGCACUUCUCCGAAUUUCAGGAUGCUGUUCUCCUGAAGAAUAAUGUACGAAACAGGUGUGCCUGUGUGUGUUUAUGUCUGAGUUCUCCCCUCAGAGAACUCCAAUUCCCAGAAGAAAAUUACAAGACUACUCUGAGAAUUGUAGCUCUGUGAGGGGAAUAGGAAUUCUCCUAACAAGUCUCAGCACCCUUAACAGACUACAGUUCCCAGGAUUCUGUGAGGGGAGCCACGUCUGUUUAAAGUGGCAUGAUGCUGCUUGAAAUGUACAAUAUAGAUGGGACCACAGAGUCUCCAAUCAAUGCUCUUAACUUUGGAAGAAGCCCCCUCAUUCUGAAAUAUAUGGGAUGGUUUUUUUUCAUUCUGCAUAUAAAUUCACACAAUAUGUUCUGGUGAGGGACAGGGCCACUCAGGAAAGGAGGGGGUGGGGCAGCAUAAUCCUUCACAGACCAGCCUGAAAAAAAGCACCUUGAACUGGCGUUGAAUAAGCAACUGUGAAAAGAGGUUACUGGACUAGACAGGCCAUUGGCCUGAUCAUAUGCUCUUCUCACACUCUCUCACACAGAAAGAGACAGACAGACAGACAGAGAGACCCCUUUUACACCAUAUGUAACUCUUUGCUGGAUGGGAUAACUGUUAUGCUUAGCUUAUUAAUUUUUUUAGCUCCUGUUGGUUCAUAGCAUUUUAUAGAUCGCAAUUGCCUUAUUGGUGACCUGUUAAUGGUUUUAUAGGCUCUAUGCUGCGUUUGUGACGUUCUGUUCUUUGUUACGUUACUGUUGUUUAUUUGUUUGGAAGCCGCUUUGAGAUCCGUUUAAAUGAAAAGCAGCGCAGAAAUACAAGGAAUCAAAUCAAACCUUGCCUUUUUCUAUCUCUAGCCAAAGCUCAGGUGCCUGGCCCAGUUAACAGGCAGCAAAUAAAUGCGGGGGGGGGGUUGCUCUGAGCCAGAGGUAUCGCUGACCCUUUUCUUGUGAAAGAAUAGUUUGCUCAGCCGUUUUUAAAAAAUGUUUAUUUCAGUCUUCUCUUCUGGGAAUAAAGCAUAUUUGCUGAGGCAUGGUGGUGGGGUGCAUCGAGAAAGAAGACGCUCUAAAUAGAACAUUCUCCCUUAGGUGAUGGUUAGUUGACUCAGGUGGCUUCUUCCUAUAGCUGACUUUUGGUACCCAAGGCUGUUUUCAAGCCAAUUCUACCGUAAAGGUAAAGAGACCCCUGACCAUUAGGUCCAAUUGUGACCGACUCUGAGGUUGCGGUGCUCAUCUCGCUUUAUUGGCCGAGCAGCGAAUGGAAACGCCGUUUACCUUCCUGCCGGAGCAGUACCUAUUUAUCUACUUGCACUUUGACGUGUUUUCGAACUGCUAAGUUGGCAGGAGCAGGGACCGAGCAACGGGAACUCACCCGGUCGUGGGGAUUCGAGCUGUCGACCUUCUGAUCGGCAAGUCCUAGGCUCUGUGGUUUAACCUACAGCGCCACCCGCAUCCCACAAAUUCUACCUUAGGGCCACACAAUCUGUGUGCCCAAACACUGGAGCUGUAAACAUUUAUUCACAGGUGAUAUUCAACAGGUGUGCAGUCUGUGUAUACAACAGUUAGAGCUGUAAUUGUACAUGCUUUUUCGCACAACGUACAUGCGUGUGUGGAGACAGCUGGCACCUGUGUUCAGUGUAACAUGUGAGCAUGCCUUCUAUGUGACUUGAGUCGCUUUGAUGCUGCUAACCUGCAUUUCUGCCCCUUCGUUAUACAAGUAGCAGACUCAGGACCACGAGGGAUGCAGUGGCAAGAGGUUCGCUUUCUGUCUCUGCCUGAGUCCCUGCCCAAAAAAGAAAAUGCAACUCCCAACUUGCUGUUUGCAUUUCAGGGAGCAGGGAGAAUAAAUAAGACGCGAUAAGCUUGCAGUCUUCAAAUAUUUGAAUGGGUGUUGCAUGAAGAGAUUUUUCUUUUGGGUGCUCUGCUGAGUUUUGGUUCAACAGAUUUGAAUUAAAAAGAAGGGAAGAGAAUUUCCUGAUGGUGCACCUGUUUUAACAGUGAAGCACUCUGGCUUUGAACUCCUUUGUUAAAAUCUACCUCUCCAUGCACUGCCCUGUAAGUUUAUUGUGGCAAAAUGUUUUGUGAAUUAGGAACAUAGGAAGUCGGAGCAUUUCUCCAUCUAGCUCGGUAUUGCCUCCACUAAUCUAUAUUAUUAUUAUUAUUAUUAACAUUUUAUCAUCACUAUUUUAUUAUUGUACAUACAUGUAAAUUUUUCAUCUAUUGUGGGAGCCUUUUUUUCAGCUGCACCAUGUGGUCCAUGUUAUUGCUGCCUCUGACAAUGGAAGCAGAGCAGAGCCAUCACAACUAGUAGACACUGAUAGUCUUAUUUGUUGUCUAUGAAUUUGUCCAACCCUCUUUUAAAGCCAUCCAAGUUGGUGGCCAUCACUGCUUCUUGUGGGAAGGAGUCCUGCAGUUUAACUGUGUGAAGAAGUCCUUUCUUUUAUCUGCCUGGAAUCUUCAUUGGAAGUCUGCAAGGUCUAGUGUUAGAAGAGAGGGAGGAAAAACUCGUCUCUGUCCACCCACUCCAUGCCAGGCCUAAUUUUAUACACUUCUGGCGUAUUGCCUCUUACUUGCCUCUUAUGUACUGAGUUGAAUAGGAUCCAAAAUGCAGCAGUCUGAUUGGUCCUAGAACAAUAGGAUUCAGAAUGCAGCAGUCUGAUUGGUCUAGAACAAUAGAAUCCAGAAUGCAGCAGUCUGAUUGGUCCACAGGAGCCACCCAAUCCAACUCCAGGUGGAAGUGAAUCCGCAACCUGACUGGCCUACAGGAGAAUCCCAGAAUUAGCCAAUCACGUGGGGCCCAUUGUGUAAAUAAUGUAUAUAAAGCAGUCACCAACAAAGAAGAUGCCAAGGAGAGGGCGAUAUUCUUCAGCAUCUGUGGAGAGGAAACGUUCAAAAUCACCCGGGCCAGAAGACAUCGCUACUGUUCCUUACAGAACAAUUAUGGAACGGCUGAAGGGGCACUUCUCGCCGCAGCCCUCGGUGGUGGCUCGUCAAAAUGCCUUCUACGCAAAGCGGAAAGCCACUGGGGAAACCAUAACACCACCUUUUCUCCUAACUAAAAGACCUGGGCUCAGCAACCUUUCCUCUGAAAUCCAUAGUGGGUAGAACAUGGUACAAACUUCAGUCGGCAGCCUACCCCUCUGGGAGUCAGGAGAUCUCUCUGUGCGCCUGUGUGGUGCUGAACGAAGAGACGUUUAUCUUCUGUAUAACUUAAUUACUGGCUGAUAGUCAGAUGAAGCUUCUAGAGUGAGGUGGUGGUUGGAGAACGAGCCCCAUGUUCUCAUUUCAGAGAGGAAGAAGGAGUUGCAAUGUAAUCAGCAGGAAGGAGAAAGCCUUCGUUAUAUGGAAUAGAUGGGGGGGCAAUUGGGGGCCACAUGCCAGCAGUGAGUGGGGCCAGAGGCAAAUGUGGGUGGAGCAUUGAAGGUGCAAUUCACCUUUGUACAGUAGGUUAGUUCAGGCAUCCCCAACCUUCGGCCCUCCAGAUGUUUUGGACUACAAUUCCCAUCAUCCCUGACCACUGGUCCUGUUAGCUAGGGGUCAUGGGAGUUGUAGGCCAAAACAUCUGGAGGGACGCUGGUUGGUGAUGCCUGGGCUAGUUUCUCCCCACAAACACAUUCACCUAUCCUCCAUCCGGGUAAACAUUAUCAGAGUUCAAGGACAUAUCCCAGCCAGGCAAAAACACUCAAGGAGGGUGCAAAGCAAGGUCAAGGAAGGGGUGUGGCCUGAGGAGCAGGGGCGUGGCCUGAGGAGAGUCCUAAGGGCCAGAUAGAGAGGUCUGGAGGGCCGCAUUCAGGCUUGAGGUUCCGCACUGUGGCUACAGCACUCAGCUGGAAAAAGAACCCUAAGGAAGUAUUUUAGGGUGUGCUCUUUUGCUUCUGGGAAGAGUUUGGAAGAAGAAGAGUUUGGAUUUGAUAUCCCACUUUAUCACUACCUGAAGGAGUCUCAAAGCAGCUAACAUUCUCCUUUCCCUUCCUCCCCCACAACAAACACUCUGUGAGGUGAGUGGGGCUAAGAGACUUCAGAGAAGUGUGACUAGCCCAAGGUCACCCAGCAGCUGCAUGUGGAGGAGCGGGGAAGCGAACCCGGUUCCCCAGAUUACGAGUCCACCGCUCUUAUCCACUACACCACACUGGUUCUGGGGACCUGUCCCUCUUGUAAGAAAAGCAUGGUCUGGAUCUAUGCCUUCAACCAGCUCUCCCUGGAAUGUCCAACCCUUAGAGCAGUGGAGGGCAGUGCCUGCAAAACCCCUUGGCUAGGCAAUGGUACCUGCAGGCUUAGGAGUUCAGCUGUUCCCAAACCGCAGAUAAGGAAACGAGUGGCCCACGCCCUGGAUGUGUGAUAAAAAGGCGAAAGGGAAAAUGGAAAGUUCUCACUGGCCAUGAUUCAUUAUGGGCGCAGCAAUGACCUCACUCGAGCUCAGCAUCUUUAUGGUCAAAAGGUGACAGAGAUGUUGUAACCUGCAUCUUUUUUAAAAACAACAACAACUUUACAAGUUAAACAGGAACUGAAGAAGUGCAAAAGUGAGUGCGCAGAGGGGCAGCUCUCUAUCGCUGGAGCAAAACCAGCUAUGGUGAUGGCAGAAGGGAGUGGCGACCUGACAAAAGGCUGCAGUCAGAUGCUGUUCCAGGAGCAGAAGUGGGUGGAAGGAACUGAUCACUUAGAAACAGGAAAGCAAAUCCCCAGUGGCAGUGUUUUUUAAAAAUUCGUUGGCGCUCUAUUGUUUAAACCUGCAGCAAGGCUGUAAAUCAAGCAGUUGCUCUGAUGAAUGGUUGCAUGUUUGGUUCCAGCCUUAAUAAUAGGGUACAUACACCUGUUGGUAAGUAUUUAUUAAAAGAAGAAGGAGAAAUCCAAAAUGUCUCCAUGGCACAAGUCUCUCCAGAAGGGUGCAACCACAUGAUUGAGGUUUUAUAAGCAUGAGCUGAGGAGUGUCUUGAAAUAUCAAAAUCCCUCUGAUGCAAGAGGAACGCCCCUCCCCAAACUGCUGUUGUACUAAGGUGCUAUGGAACAACCUGAGGAUCUCUGCUUUUCCUAAGUUUCUAGUCCUUGUGACUUGCAGAGAAAAACCUGGAGAUGUGAAGGGCAUGUAUGGUGGUGGAAUGAUUGGUAGACACAGGUUGAAGUUAGGAACUAUGGCUCUAGUGCCCUGGGCUGCCCCAUGCUUUAGGAACUUAGGAACUCCAUGCCCCAUGCUUUAGUAAAACUGCCUUAUGUGGGGUCAGUCGGACCUACCUCAGUGUUACCUGCACUGAUUGCCAGUAGCUGACUGGGAAAGACUCCGGUCUGAAAUCCUGGAGAGCUGCUGCCAGUCCGUGUAGGCAGUAGUGAGCUUGAUGGACUCGGUGACCUGACUUUAAUAAGGCAACUUCCUGUGUCAAGGUUUGGACCCAUGGUCCUACAACAUCUGGAGAGCUACAGGUUCCUGCCUCUUCUUUUUUGGGCAUUUGCGUUGGAGAAGAGAGCCUUAGAGAUCCUCCGGGGUCUCUAUGAUCCAUGGGUUGGCAAACUAAGGCCCAGGGGCCACAUCCAGCUAAUUGCCUUCUGGAUCCGGCCCACAGACGGUCCGGGAAUCGCCGCGUUGAUCGGCGUGGGGAUUCUAAUUAUUUGGGCUGCACCAUCCCCCACCCCACCCCCACACCAUGGUGUCUCUUCCCUCCUUCCUCCUGGCUUCUCCCUGCCCUGCCUAGAGGAGGAAGGGGGCUGGGCUUUGUUGAGCCACGGUUGACUGAGUGCCAUUUUAAGCAGCCCCUCUCCGGAGCCACCCCUUUUGCGCCACUCAUCGUCCCUCCGCCACCGCCAGCCCCUGCCACUCGCAAGGCACAGGUAAGCAGCCACCAGGCUCGUCCGGUGCUGUGGAGAAGGGAGGGGAGAGUAAAUCCCCCCAUAUAGUUCGGCCCCCCCACAAGGUCUGAGGGACAGUGGACUGGCCCCCUGUGGAAAAAGUUUGCUGACCCCUGCCAUAAUCCAUUAGUUGAGAGCUGGACGAGUCCUGCCAUCGCCGCAGCAGUGCAGGUGCAAGCACAUAGGAGAAGAGGGCAGCCUCCAAAGCAACAUGUGCUGCAAUGGUGUCAGAAGUGGAGAAGGCUUUUUGUCCCGUGGGUUAAGAAGGGGCGAAGCUGCCCAGGAAGGAGAGAGCCCAAAUACAAAUUUUGGUCUGCAAGGGCUUCUCCUCCUGUUUCAACCUAUUAUUUGAGCAACGGCCCUGUAUAAUUAACAGUAAUUUCAUUACCUAAUGGUUAAUUAGGUAAUGGCUGGGCUGGCAGUUAACGUGAACAUAGAUUUAUAGGCAUCAUCAGAGAGGUGUGCUGAAAUGUCAGGAUCCUCACAAACGGUCUGAUUGGAAGUGCUUUUGGCAUCCCUAACAAGCCACUCUGCUGAAUAUAAACAAGAUCUUUAAAUUUGGGUUUCAUAAGGCGUCUAUUUGGACACAGCUGGGAGUGCCUGCAGAUUUGGAAGCUCUGCUAGCCGGGCUUUCUAUUAGAUUAGAGGGGGCGGGGGAAAUUGGAAAGAUGGAGAAUGGGAUGUCUGUGGCUUUCCCUAGUUGCCUGACCCCAAGUCGGGAAGACGGCACGAAGGAAAAAUUGACGGGCCCCCUUCAGCCAUCCUUUUUAUUAUGCAUUUGUGAACAUCUGUGCUCAUGCUGGUAUCAGAGCAGUUAUACAUGAUACUACUCCUACUUUCAAUAUUUGUGUGGCUUUAAAAGAGGCUGGGAUACAUUCACAAAGGAGAAAACGAUCAAUGGCUACUAGCAAUAGCGGCUCUGCUCUGCUGCCGUGAUUGGAGGCUGUGAUGCUUAUGGAUCCAAUUUCUGGAAACCACAGAAGGGGAGAGAGUUGCUCUUGUGCUCGAAUCCUGCUUAACGGUUUCCCAUCUGGUUGGCCACUGUGGGAACAGGAUGCUGGAUUAGUCCCCCGCCCCCAUUCUGGCUCACUUUACAUUCUUAUGGCUAUGUGCUUUGGAGUUUUAUUUCAGUCUACAACCAUGAGGGCUAGGAACUUAUUUUAAAAAUUCAAGUAUACAGUGGUACCCCGGGUUACAUACGCUUCAGGUUACAUAAGCUUCAGGUUAAAGACUCUGCUAACCCAGAAAUAUUACCUCGGGUUAAGAACUUUGCUUCAGGAUGAGAACAGAACAUUAGCUAAAGUGGUGCUUCAGGUUAAGAACAGUUUCAGGUUAAGAACGGACCUCCGGAACGAAUUAAGUACUUAACCCGAGGUACCACUGUACAUCGUACCCUCCCUCUGCCUCUGGCUUCUUCUAAUUCUUAGGUAGGCACCAUAUUCUGUACUCUGUGACCCAGCAGUACUGAUGGAGACAUCCAGGUCCUCUGAUUCCUUGCACAAUUCAGAUGCCUUUAGCGGGUAAGACUUGCUAAUCUGACUUGUUGCUGGCAUCCAUCUGUCUCAAGAGACUAUGGAGUGCACUUCUGGAGGUGAAGUCAAAUCACUAUGUUAGCAGCACCGAAGUGACCUGUCCAGAGUGCAAGUCUAGAUAGUGUGCCUGGAGGUCCUGGUCUGCCCAGAUGGAAAACACCCCCUCUUGGUCUCGCUGAUGUGGUCCAAAGGAAAGCAGAGGAAGAUGUUUGGCACCAACUUGGCUGCAGGAGUUGCUGGAAGGAGAUGUACAAGGAGCCAUCCAACCGCCUUAGGGACUCCACUCCAGAUUUGUGUAGGGUUUACUCCUUAGCCUUUUCUUCUCCCAAAGAUAUCCCACAAAGCAGCAGAGGUUUAGGAUCAGCGUUUUCCUUCUCUUAGAUGCGCUACCUUCCCAGGUUAUAAUAAUAAUAAUUUAUUAUUCAUACCCCGUCCAUCUGGCUGGGUUUCCCCAGCCACUCUGGGCGGCUUCCAACAAAGAUUCAGAAUACAUUAAAAUGUCACACAUUAAAAACUUCCCUGAACAGGGCUGCCUUCAGAUGUCUUCUAAAUGUCAAGUACGGUAGUUGUUUGAUCUCUUUGACAUCUGAUGGGAGGGCGUUCCACAGGGCUUCCUGCUUCCCUGUAACUUUGCUUCUCGCAGUGAGGGAACCGCCAGAAGGCCUUCGGCGCUGGACCUCAGCGUCCAGGCAGAACGAUGGGGGUGGAGACGCUCCUUCACGUUGACAAGCCCCAUCUGCCCCUCACUUCCCUCUGCAGCAGGUAUUGAAAUUGCCUUGAUGACCUGCUCAACCUGCUAGAGCCUGUGUUUGCAGGCAGAGGAAGUCCCUAACUCGCUGACGGUUUGAGACCCAUUGGCUACCCUCUCCUGAUUUAGCCUCCCAGACAAAGCUAAUUCCCAGGGUGUGGCUGCUGUCUCACGCUGGCAGCUUCUAGGAGCCACAGGUGAGUGCAGGGUGGGGGACCAAAGGUGGAAAACCUAUCCCAGAAGGCGCAUGAUGUGUCUCCCACCAGAGGUGCUACAAAACUUGACUGAAUGCUCCUUAAAUGUGAGGAUGGCCACUGAGGAAACGGUUUGGCUAAUUUGCAUGUUUGUAGGCGGGUCUCUCUGGAGGCCUGUUUCCUCGACAGCCACCGCAAACAGCUUUGAUAUGAGCUUUGUCACGUCAUCCUCCGGAUGAAGAGCAGAUGGUUUGGAAAAUGAGCAGGAUGGAGCUUGUGCAAAAAAAGGUGCCAUGUUCUUUCUGAUGGUGGCAAAAAGCAGUCCCCCCUCCCCCGCCAGCAAUCCCUGGCUCUCUCACUUGUUAGCACUGCUAUUUAUUAAUGGAUUCAAUUUAUAUGGGCUACCCUUCUUCUCAAGAAGCUGAAGGCAUUUCUCUCUCUCUCUCUCUCUCUCUCUCUCUCUCUCUCUCUUGCAUCCGCACAGCCCCCAAGAUUGCAUUUAGCUCUGAUUCCUGCGUUGCAGGAGCGGGUGGCACUGUGGUCUAAACCACUGAGCCUCUUGGGCUUGUCAAUUGGAAGGUCUGCAGUUCGAAUCCCUGCAACGGGGAGAGCUCCUGUUUGGUGUAGUGGUUAAGAGCGGUAGUUAAGAGCCAGUGUGUUAAGAGCCAGUGUGGUGUAGUGGUUAAGAGCGGUAGUCUCCUAAUCUGGGGAACCGGGUUCGCGUCUCCGCUCCUCCACAUGCAGCUGCUGGGUGACCUUGGGCCAGUCACACUUCUUUGAAGUCUCUCAGCCCCACUCACCUCACAGAGUGUUUGUUGUGGGGGAGGAAGGGAAAGGAGAAUGUGAGCCGCUUUGAGACUCCUGAAGGGGAGUGAAAGGCGGGAUAUCAAAUCCAAACUCUUCUUCUUCUUCUUCUCUGUCCCAGCUCCUGCCAACCUAGCAGUUCAAAAGCACGCCAGUGCAAGCAGAUAAAUAGGUACUGCUUCAGCGGGAAGGUAAAUGGAGUUUCCGUGAGCUCUGGUUUCCGUCACGGUUUAGUCAUGCUGGCCACAAGACCCGGAAAGCUGACUGGACUAAUGCCGGCUCCCUUGGCCUGAAAGUGAGAUGAGCGCCACAACCCCAUAGUUGUCUUUGACUGGACUUAACCAUCCAGGGGUCCUUUACCUUUUUGUUUACCUGGGCUAGAACGCCCCUGGACUCUCUUCCAACUCUGCAAUUCCAUAAGAUUGGGCUAAGAGUCAGUGAAAGGCUACUGUUCUGAAAACCAGCAGAAGGCAGUAUUCUCUCCAUUUUGCAAACAGAAGCCUUGAGGGUUUUUUUGUCCACUGGCGGGGAGUUCCUUUCCAAAUGGACACACCAAUCCCUUACUGGGGGGAAACUCAACCUCUUAGGAAAUCACCAUUCCGAGUUCUGGUUUGUAGCUUUAAGUGCCUGAAGUUUAUAUGAUGCUUUAAAAAACAACAGCAAAGAGAAAAAAUGUAAAUGCAAAGUAAACUAAACUUCCAGAUGUUUAAAGAUUUAUGGGUCCCUUAGUUUCCAUGGCAAUAAUGAUGUCAGGCAGUGAGAAUGUCAAAAGUCAGUAGCAGGCGGGGGGGGGGGACGUAGAAAGCUAAAUAAAAGGGAGGAGGGGGUCCCUUUUUGUAAGAAUAAGAAAAGCUACCCCCAAAUUAGCUUUGAGUUUAAAAUAGCAAAGCUGCAUAAAGGUCAUGGGUUGGAAUUUGCAGCAUCUGCGAUGGAAUGAGAGUACAUAUACGUGGGAACCCAAUGAUCAAAUGAUACCAUGAGUGAUUUGGAGCAGGGAUUUGUAUUUUCUGGAGCAUUCGAAGUUUCAUUCCCCACCCCCUCUCUUUUAAGUUCACUGUUUAUUUUUAAGAUUUGUUGCAUAAUACGUAAGAUUGGAUUCGAACAAUUUGAUUAUGGAGACAGCGACAAAGGCAGCAAAACCGUAAUGUGAUGAUUUGCAUCAGAGAAGUGAAAGGAGCCAUACCUGAGGGUCACAGCUAGGCAUAAAGACCACUUUGGGAAGCUGUAGGAAACAUUUGAUCAAGGAUCAUAGAAUCAUAGAAUUGUAGGGACUGUGAGGAUCAUCUAGCCCAACCCCACGUAAUGCAGGAAUCUUUUCCCCAACUUGGGCUCAAACCCACGACCCUGCAAUUAAGAGUCUUAUGUUCUACCAACUGAGGAGGUCUGGGUAAUAGGUUCACCCAGAAGUAGUAGUAGUAGUUGUUUUUUGUAGUUUGGGGUGUUAAAAUGCCCCCCAGCUAUAUACUGCUAAAGGGAAUCCCAUGUGCCAAUUUGCCAUAUUUGUUUUCAUCCCUGACAACGCUGGGUCAGUGUUUCCAGGGUAAAAGACCUGUCUCUGGUCUACCAUAGUUUGAGUAUCUAUGUUUGGCCCCAGGGACGCAGGUGGCGCUGUGGGUUAAACCACUGAGCUUGCUGAUCAGAAGGUCAGCGUUUCAAAUCCCCGCGACGGGGUGAGCUCCCGUUGCUCGGUCCCAGCUCCUGCCCACCUAGCAGUUCGAAAGCACGAAGUGCAAGUAGAUAAAUAGGUACCGCUCCGGCGGGAAGGUAAAUGGUGUUUCCGUGCGCUGCUCUGGUUCGCCAGAAAGCAGCUUAGUCAUGACCUGGAAGCUGUACGCCGGCUCCCUCGGCCAAUAAAGUGAGAUGAGCACCGCAACCCCAGAGUCGUCCACGACUGGACCUAAUGAUCAGGGGUCCCUUUACCUUUAGCUUUAUGUUUGGCCCCACAGGUUUAAAUAGCAGUUUGGAAAUGGAUGGCAAGGUGGGGUGGGGGUGGGAUAAUUUGAUCAGGAAAGUGCUUGCGCCGUGGUUCCCCUGAAUCGGGCCCUCUUCUUUUAGAAGGUAGCCUAGUGGCUAGAGUGGAGUGGAGAAUCCUUUUCAGCUGGAAAGCCACAUUCCUCCUGGGGCAAUUUUUGGGGAAGUGCUGGGCAGGGCCAAAGACAAAAGUGGGGAAAGGAUCACAGUCUUCCUACCCUAUGCCAGAGUGGCACACUGGAUUGCACCUGAUGCCGCCAUGCUUGUCCACCGGCUCUUUUCAGAAGCAUACCAAAGCUCCCUUGGGCCCUUUACUCGCACCCCUUGCCCUAUUCUGGCCCUCGCCAGAGGAGCUGAGCCAGCUGAGUGGAGAUGUGCAGUUUUUGCGACCCUCUUAGUCCUGCCCCCUUGAUGGGGGUCAACCUCACCAACCCCCAGGUAUUCCCCAGUUUGUUUAACAGUGGUACCUCGGGUUAAGAACUUAAUUGGUUCCGAAGAUCCGUUCUUAACCUGAAACUGUUCUUAACCUGAGGUACCACUUUAGCUAAUGGGGCCUCCAGCUGCCUCCAGCUGCCGUCGUCGUGCGGUUUCUGGUCUCAUCCAGAAGCAAAGUUCUUAACCGGAGGUACUAUUUCUGGUUACAGGUAGGUAGCCGUGUUGGUCUGCCAUAGUCAAAACAAAAUAAAAAAUAAAUUCCUUCCAGUAGCAGCUUUGAGACCAACUAAGUUUGUUAUUGGUAUGAGCUUUCGUGUGCACACGGGUGGCACUCUGGGUUAAACCACAGAGCCUAGGACUUGCCGAUCAGAAGGUCGGCGGUUCGAAUCCCCGCGACGGGGUGAGCUCCCGUUGCUCAGUUCUUGCUCCUGCCAACCUAGCAAUUCGAAAGCAUGUCAAAGUGUAAGUAGAUAAAUAGGUACUGCUCCGGCAGGAAGGUAAACGGUGUUUCCGUGCACUGCUCUGGUUCGCCAGAAGUGGCUUAGUCAUGCUGGCCACAUGACCCGGAAGCUGUACGCCGGCUCCCUCGGCCAAUAAAGCGAGAUGAGCGCCGCAACCCCAGAGUCAGUCACAACUGGACCUAAUGGUCAGAGGUCCCUUUACCUUUACCUUUAAGGUGCUACUGGAAGGAAUUGUUUUAUUUAUUUUGUUUCAGGGUUAAUGGAGUCUGUAACCUGAAGCGUCUGUAACCUGAAGCAUCUGUAACCCGAGGUACCACUGUAUUUUUAUUCUUUUUUCAAAAAAAAUCAUUGUGCAUUAUGUGCUUUGAUGUUUUUCACCACUCUGGGAUUUGUUUAAGCAAAGAGCAGGUGAUAAGUGCCCAAAACAAAAUGUUGGUUUUGCCUGGGUUGUACAGGGAGUGGCGGUGAGAUUGAGGCUUCUUGACAUCGUCAGUAGAGCAGAGCAACAUUAUUUCAUGAGUCAGCGUUAAUAAUCCUAACAAGCACCAGUUGUCAGCUGGCGUUCAAGAGUGAGUUUCCCUUCGGGUUUUGUUUUGUUUGCAGUUCGUGGAAAGGAAGUUGCUGAGUCAGAAGCAGAUUCGAGCUUCUGCUUUCUUUCCAGAGACCUGGGACCUUCUCUGCUCCUGCAGGAAGGCAUUAGUCCAGGGCAGGGGUCUUUUUCCCCCAGCCCGAGGGUCAAAUUCUGUUUUGGAGAACUGUCCAAGGACCUUGCACCUGUGGUGGGCAGGGCCACAGGCAAAAGUGGAUGGAACCACAAAUGUAAAUGUUAUUUUAGUACAGUAGCCUAGUUUCUUCGCUCUCCUCCACCCUCCAUGCGGCCAAGGACACAUUCCAGUCAGGCAAAAACACUUGACAAGAGAGCAAAGGACUCUUGAGGGGUGUGGCCUGUGGGGAGGGGUGUGGCCUGGGAAGAGUCUUGAGGGCCAGAUAGAGAAGCUUGCAGGGCCACAUUUAGCUCCUGGGACUGAGGUUCCACACCCCUGUACUAAGUUGUGCUAUGAUUGUGCCUCCUGCUUUGGCAGGGGUGUUAGACUAGAUCAGUGCCUCCCAAACUGUUUUGGACUACAAUUCCCAUCAUCCUUGACCAGUGGUCCUGCUAGCUAGGGAUGAUGGGAGUUGUAGUCCAGCAACAGCCGGAGAGACCCAAGUUUGAGGAACACUGGAGCAGAUGAUCCUUUGGGUCCCUUCCAACUCUACAAUUCUAUGGUCCUACAAUUGGUCCUACAAUUCUAUGGUCCUUCCAACUCUACAAUUCUAUGUCAGGGGGAGCAAUGGAGGGUUAGGCACUAACCAGAGUCUCUAUAGGUAUGUGGCUUUUCUGGGCGCUGAUUAUCACCAGGCACUCCCAUCGACAUUGGCAGAAGUCGAACUCGUAUCAGUUACAGGCUGGAACUUGGCAAAUACCUGCCAGUGUUCAGCAAGCUGUUAUCAGCUGGGGGUUAUCAGCUGAUCAGGUUAUUAGCUGGGAGAGGGCAGGGUUUUGUUUUGUUGCGCACACAACCCAAGAAAGAAGUGUCAGUGGAAUGGAGGGUGUGUGUGUGUGCGCGCGCACAAGAAUGCAACAGAAACUCCAGAACUGAGAGCAAAAGUUGGGUCCAUCUAGCUGAAUGACAUGAGGGUGCUGUGGUUUGAAAUGGAGGGCUUUUAUGUUCAGCUCUGUUAGCUGACCAAGGAGCUCAGCUGGAUGAUGUAAGUGGUCCCUUUUCAUUUCCAAAGAUUCUAUUGUCAUAUAUUGUACUAGGAGCUGCCCCCUCUGCUCACUAACCUCUUUGGCUACUCCCUUCCCUCACACUAGCCAAUCCUCCCUCUCUUUAUACCUUUCCUACCCCCUUGACUAUUCCCCCACAGCUCACCCCAACCCAGUAGGCAGCCACACAAACUGCAGUGUGAUGACACCCUUACGUUUCUAUGUAUAUAAGAAGAUACCAGUACUAGUCCUACUCAAAAUAUGAAUGGAAGUUGCUAAGUUAGGUCCACUUAUUUAGAUGGGUGUGCUCCGAGUAGGGCUAGCAUUGGAUACAAGCCUAAUGCUUUUUAAUUUAUUCUUUAAGUAGUAGUAGUUUAUUAAUGCUUGGGCCAUAGGCCAUUCACAUAUAAGGUAGAUGGGUACAGUACAAAAACCAGUAGUAUAAAAUACUGCAUAAUUUUUUAUUUUAUUUUUUAGUAAGUGAAGCUUUAUUCUGUUUCUCCUGCUCUAAAACGAUUUCCUUUUUUGUUCUUAAUCUGGUUUAUUGCCUAGAUUUGGUUUUAAUGUGUUUUUUUCCCUUCACACCUUGGACGUCCUUGCCAAGAGCGAAGAAGAGGCAUUUUUGAAUAUAUUUUAAAAUAAACUAUAGUAAAUAUAUAUAAAUAUAAGUUUCCUUUCCUCUGAGUGUAGAGGCGUAUGUGAUCCAAAUCUUCAUAGUCUCUCUCUCAUAUCUAUUUAUCUAAUCAGCUUUGGGGGAUAUGAUUAUUUCAUGGUUUAUAUUGCUGCUGGUUUUCCCGUCCUGUUUAAAAUAAGGUUUCGUAUGAGUGCUGUUGUGGCCUGUGAAAUGUUUUCCGACCCCUUUUUCCAUUUUGAAGAGUUCUUGUUUUGUUAUAAUGAGAUGUUUUAAUUUUUAAGGUGCAUUUAUGCAUGCAAGCUGCGUUUCGGAGGUCUUUGCCCUGAAAUAUAUAUAGAUCCCCAACUACUUGUGUUAUGUACAGAAGUUCUCACCCUGGGCCAGCAGGGGGAUACUGUAGAUAGUUUUCACUCAGGUCCACAUAUGCAAAUAAAGGAUUGAAAGUGACGUUCAGUGAUUGGAUAGUUACAGAAAAUGGUUACUGUUGUGUUCUAGUGGAGCUCUAUAUAAGCAGGCUGGCUGAACCCUUCAGUUCAGUUCUGUUCUGGCCUGUGAAUAAACCCACUACUUAACAACUUCCACGCCCCCUUUCAGGUCAAAGACCCCCUAAACACAAUCACAUAUACAGUCACUUUAAAGUGGCUAGUUGCCCAGGUAUUUAAAGGAAACCUCCUUUCCAUUGGGAAUGGUAGGACGGAAGGCAGGGAGCCCGCCAGCAGGGGGAGCCAGAGCCUCUGGCAGGCAGAGCCACCUGAUUCUAGCUGAGUGCCCAUCUUCCUCCGCCUCCCUGCUGAGUUCUACAGUGGGUAAGAUACUGAGACUGUGAGGAGGAGCAAGCUGACAGGCAGGGGCAUCCCUAGACAGGUUGUGAGUAAGAAGGCAGGCCAGUGGAGGCUGCCUGAGGGCAGUCUGAGCUUGGUGGGGCAGUGCCCCCGCCCACCUGCCCAAACGGCCUGCCUCUACUGCUCCAUUCAUGCCAACGGAGGCUUCCAUUUCAACGCAAAGAACUCCGUUGGAUAUUCCAGGAGAAAAUGGUCCUUCCUGGUCUUGUUUUGCAUGGCAGCCAAAUCCUAAGGGAGAUGUUUGAGCAUCUCCUGACAGGUUAAUUUGUAUUUCUUUUGCAAUGCAAAGCAGUUGUGAGACUUCCAGUUUGAUCAGAGGAAGAGCCUUAACCCUUACUUCUGCUCUUCUCUGCCUCAAGAUUGCACACAUAGCUUUUCGGGGAAACACAGUAGUGGUGACCUGUAAUAUGAUCUCAUCCCCCCCCCUUCUUUUUUCACCAGGAAGGAUUUCUUAAAACUGGAAUACGGGACUUGUGGUGCAGGUGUUUCUGGGGGUGGGGAAGAAAAUAAAUCCAAUCUGAAUGUAAAGGCAAAUCAACCGCAUUUGUGCUUUCUGAAACAGUGGUACGCAAACUGAAACACAGCCACGCUUCAGAAUAUAUACUGUGAAUUGCAGUUUCUCCAGCCCAGGCUACAUGCACUAUGGGAAGAUGUGCUCAAAGUGCGUAGUCUGAUUAAAAAGUGUGCUAUAUUUUUGGAAAUCGGUUUGCCAAAAAAUAUCAGGCAAAAUUGCGUACAAAAAUCAGCCGCAAACUGCUGGUGAACUUUCAUGAAUAAUAAUAAGAAUAAUAAUAGUAUUAGUAAUAAUAAUAAAUAAAUAAAUAGCCUCAUGUGGAAAACUGAACUUAAAAUGGGGGUGGAAAUGAGAAAGGGAGGAAAAUUGAAAUUGGCAUAUUUGCCCAUCCCUAGUGAAGGGUGCUAGUGAAGGGUGGAGUUUACAAGUAUGUAAGGGUUAAAAAUAAAUUAAUGGAGUGUCUGUCUGUCUCUUCUCUCCAUAGUCACUUCAGAUCAAAUUGAGAAUCUGCAUCGGCGAUUCAAGCAGCUAAGUGGGGAUCAACCAACUAUUCGGUACAGUAUUGCCUAUUCUUAGCCCUAUAUCAUGAUGGAUUUGUUCAGUGCUUUUCUUCUAAAAAGAUGUUUACGGGUAUUCUCAUUUUGACUCAAGAAAAUCAACAUUUUGUAGUUCAAAUCGGGGGAAAUAAAUACAGUAAAUGGACAAAAGAUUCACAAAAUGUUUAAGGGUAUGCAUGCCCUUGCGUACCCCCAGAAAAAAGCACUGGAUUUAUUCUCUAAGUGUGGAUACUUAAUGAAGCCCAACGCUAGGAGGGUUCACAUGUCACAUGACGUAGGGCUGCCAGAUGUCGGGAAUUUCCUGGACAUAGGUGGGUAAACAGUGUCUGGGUGGAAAUCCCUUGAAUGUCCUGGAAAAUUUGUUUUUUUACGAAUUUCCUUUAAAAUAGCUCCAAACCUCCCUCUCUCUCUCUCUCUCUCUCUCUCUCUCACUCCCUCUCAAGAUUUUUUUUUGGGGGGGGCUCAACUUUUGUCUCCGGAUUUUCACUUUUUGAAAUACAGCAACCCUACAUUAAGCAAUUGUACAACCUCUGUGCCUGUGUACAGAAGUAGUUGAGCUGUACGCACGUACGUUAUUCCUAUGGGACUUUCAACAAAGUAUACAAUCCUGUAGCAGAGACAUCACCUUGCCAACAAAGGUCUGUAUAGUUAAAGCUAUGGUCUUCCCAGUAGUGAUGUAUGGAAGUGAGAGCUGGACCAUAAAGAAGGCUGAUUGCCGAAGAAUUGAUGCUUUUGAAUUAUGGUGCUGGAGGAGACUCUUGAGAGUCCCAUGGACUGCAAGAAGAUCAAACCUAUCCAUUCAUAAGGAAAUCAGCCCUAAGUGCUCACUGGAAGGACAGAUCCUGAAGCUGAGACUCCAAUACUCUGGCCACCUCAUGAGAAGAGAAGACUCCCUGGAAAAGACCCUGAUGUUGGGAAAGAUGGAGGGCACAAGGAGAAGGGGACGGCAGAGGACGAGAUGGUUGGACAGUGUUCUCGAAGCUAUGAACAUGAGUUUGACCAAACUGCGGGAGGCAGUGGAAGAUAGGAGUGCCUGGUGAGCUCUGGUCCAUGGGGUCACGAAGAGUCAGACACAACUAAACAACAACAAAUAACAAUCCUGUGUGCCUGCAUACAUGAUACUUGAGCUGUACAGACAGACAAGCAUUCACUAUUUCACACAAACACUUGUACAUGCAUGUGUACAGACAGCUUAUACCUGUGUUCAGGGUAAUAAUGCAUGAACAAGCCUAGACUCAUCCAUGCAUGAGACAGAGGCAUCCAAAGUCUUGAGGGUGAGGGAGAGAACCCGAGUGUUGAAGUAGUACAAAAAGGUUUAAGGAGGGGAUAAAACCUCAUGAGUGAACUUGUACACUGCUUGGAGAAUUGUUUUGAUCAUGCAGUUUACAAAUUGUGUUGUUUGGGGGGGAUAAUCCACACCCUUUUCUAUCAUUCCAGUGAGGACUGGGGGUGCUCAGUAGGCAUGCAAUGCUGCCUAGGUGUGUUUUUGGUGGGGAGGGGGGGUGGAAAGAAAAACGGAGCGAGGUGCAAUGGGAUGGAGUAUCCCGAAAGAUGGCAUAGCUGGCGAACUGAAACCCUGGAGCAGUGGUUCCCUAACUAACUGCCCCCCCCCAUUGGACCACUUGAAAAUUGCUGACGGUCUUGGUAGACCACUCCAUGAUUAAAUCCCCCCCCCCCUUUUGGUGCAAUUGUAAUGCACUGUGUUACUUAUUUCAUUUUAUCGUAUUGCGAUUUGAAUUCUGUGCCGUUUGGACUGCAAUACAACACAAUGCAAUAGAUAAUAAAAGAUGCAAUAGAAAUACUAUUAAAAACCAAUAUGAAUGAUGAAUGCAAUGGAUGUGCCAUCUCCUUGUCUUCAGCCACAAAUCCAAAGGCUCACCACGGAACAGCUGAAUGAAGUUUUUUCACCGCUGGUGGUCUGCGGACCACAGUUUGGGAAAGACCUCGCUGGAGCACUCCAUGCUGCAACAUGUUGAUACUUUUAACAGGGAAUGUGCUGCAUUCUUAGGAAGAUACCGUCCACUCUGGCUGGCAGCAGCUCCCUAAGAUUAGGGGCAGGUAUCUUUCCCAGGCCUGGAGAUGCUGGGGAUUAGAAUAAUAGAGUGAUGGCAUUUUAGAGUUGGAAGGGACCACAACGGUCAUCUAGUCCAACCCCCUACAAUGCAGGAAUCUUUUGUCCAACGUGGGGCUCGAACCCAUGGCCCUGAGUUGGAGAGUCUCAUGCUCUACCGGCUGAUCCAUGUGAUUGAACUGAACAGCAUUUUGCAUCCUCUAUCUCUGAGUAAUGGCCCAUUCCCAAUGCACCAGGAACAGGUGAUUAGUGACCCUCUAAAUUAGUGGCUUUCAAAGGUCACAGACUCCCCUUUGAAGAUCUGGUAGAAGCUAUGGACCCCCCUCCCAGAAAAAUCCACACCUAUACAUGAAAUGUUGCAUACAAUUUAUUUUAUUGCAUUGUGUGGGUUGAUGGACCCCCCUGAUGAAUCCCAUCCAUGGAGCACAGGUUAAGCAUCCCUGUUCUGUAUGAUUUUUGACUCCAGCUCCCAUCAUGUUUGACCGCUGGCUGUGCUGGUUGGGGCUGAUGAAGUGCCAUUGUUUAUACUGGGUUGGAAGAACAGAUGGACUGGACGGAAGCAGCUUCCCCCGUUGCACAGCCAACUUCACAGGGAAGGGUGCAAUGUGGAGACUGGUCCUUGUCAAGGUCUGUCCUGGGCCGAUCGUCCCAUCAAAUAACGGCUUGCUAAUCAAUUGGCUGCUUUCUGCCCUGUUCUCUCCCGUAAUGAGAUUUUGCUCCUCCAGGCCAAACCCCAGAUGGCUCUCUUGAAAGCACAGGCCUUUCUCCGUACAAGGCUUGCGGCUUUUGUGGGGAAGCAGGAGAGGCCAUCGACCAGGAGGAAGACACCUCCUCUUUCCUGCUCCUACCACUAACCCAUGCCUGGUGCCUUAUCGCCGACUGGGUGGGGAAUCACAGGGAGAGGAAUCUACAAGACCCAUAAUCUCUGAACCAUGGGGCUGAUGGGAGUUGGGAGUCCCAGCAACCCUGGCUCCUCAUCCUUGGUCCAGAUCAGGGAGAGGGGAACCUCCGGCCCUCCAAAGGAUGCUGGACUACAACUCCCACUGGCCCCACAUUACCCCACUCUUACUUACCAUCCCAGGCCGCCCAUCUGCGGCCACAUCGUUCUUUCUUUUAUCAGAUCAAAAUGAUCAGACAACAGCAAAGGUUGCUAGGUUUAUUGAAGGUGCAAUGAGAUUAAGGGCCACUAUCUGAACAAUAAUCUUGGUCAUUUGAUUCCCCAUUUUACCCACUGUUGUCUUUUUAUUUGUAUAUAUUGCUUGUAUUAUGUUGCCAUGGCCGUUGGCCAAUGCGAAUAAAGUUUAUCUCAUCUUAUCUUAUCUCACUGACCCCAGCAAGCAUAGCCAUUGCCCAGUGAAGAUGGGAGUUGUGGUUCAAUAAAUGUUGUGUCUUGAUGCUUAUGAAGGGGAGGGCGGUGUUCUGAAAUGUUGGCUCCCAACUCCUACCCAUAGUUUGAUGUCAAUUGAGAGGGAUAGUUUCCUGCGCUGGUUUCUCCUCCUGCUGCUCAGCCGGCUGGCCUCCACCUGAGCUGCACAGCAGGUUGACCUUUCUGUAGGAAAAUAUACAAACGGUUUCAGGCAGAGUUGCAGAGGAGGCUCGCUCUGUAAGGGGGCAUAUGUCCUGCCAAGAGGCAGGAGGGAAGCCGCUUCGCCCCUUCCCUAGAAAACCAGCGGAGAGAUCCUGAGGUCGCUGGGAAAAGGUCACCCAGUGAGCUUCAUGGAUGAAUGGGGAUUUGAACGUUGGCCUCCCAAGUCCUAGUUCGGCACUCCAGUCAUCACACCACAUUGGAUAUUAGAACUAUUAUUUAGCUAGUUACUGAACUUAUGUCCCUCUGCUUUUCCCCUUAGAGCCGAGGGUAGCAAACUGGUGUGCCAUUUAAAACAAAGCAAAGCAUUCUAUAAAACAGUUCAAAACAUUCCCAAAGCCAUGAACCUAAAAUCUUCAAAAUGCAAAAACAAAAAAACCAAAUCAAACCAAACCUCAGCUCUGCCACUGAGCCAUGACCCUGUGCUGAAGAGAUCGCUCAUUUGUCUUUAGAAACCUGUCUCUCUCUCUCACACUAUUUCUUUCUCUUUGUCCUUUUCUACUUCCGCAGCAAGGAGAACUUUGAUCGCGUCCCUGAUCUGGAGUUCAAUCCAAUUAGAUCCAAAAUUGUCCAGGCCUUUUUUGACAAGAGGUAAUGUUGUGGGUGCUUGGCCUCCCCGGGGGGGGGGGUGGUUCUCUAUAGCAACAAGAACUGCGCAGCUCUCCUUAACCUCGAAUCCCUCUCCGCACAUAAGCCAUUAAAAAAACAGUAAAGCACAUAAACAAGCACCUAAAAACCAGUCAUUGAUUGAGGCAGCUUCGACGUCCUGUUUUUCAGUGCCUGCUAAAGGCUGCUUUAGUUAAGCAAAAUUACAGACGUGUAAUUUCAUUAGGCAGACUUGUCGAUAGAACCAACCAUUUCAAGAACAAUCAGAUAAUUUUAUUAUGCCUACUGUUUUUUAAGGUCUGGUUUUAUUGCUAUUCUUCUUUUAUUCUAGUGAAUAUUUUAUUGCAUUUUAUGUAAACGGCUUAAAGCUUUUUAUUAUUAUUAUUGAUAUUCAAUGGUCUAUAAAUCUUGCCAAAUAAACAAAAUCAAGUAUUUCAUUUGGUGGCCCCUGUUUGAUGGCAUCCCAAACAUUGCCCCCUUUCCCUGGGUGCCUUCCGCCUUCCUCUUGCAUCAGAAGGAUGAGACUAGCAGUGGCUUACUAGCCAUGAUGGCUGUGCUCUGCCUCCAUGGUCAGAAACAGGAUGCAUUUUGCACAGUGCAUAGUUAAACUGUGGAACUCAUUGCCACAGGAGCCAGUGAUGGCCACCAAGCUGGAUGGCUUCAAAAAUGGGUGUGUGCAAAUUCAUGCAGAAUAAAUAUGACUUAUCAAUGGAUACCGGGCAUGAUGGCAAAGCUCUCCUUUGAAUACCAGUUGCUAGAAACUAAUCCAGAAUGCAGCAGCUAGACUGGUGACUGGGAGUGGCUGCCAAGACCAUAUAACACCGGUCCUGAAAGACCUACAUUGGCUCCCAGUAUGUUUCUGAGCACAAUUCAAAGUGUUGGUGCUGACCUUUAAAGCCCUAAACAACCAUGGCCCAGUAUACCUGAAGGAGUGUCUUCACCCCCAUUGUUCAGCCCGGACACUGAGGUCCAGCGCCGAGGGCCUUCUGGCGGUUCCCUCACUGGGAGAACUGAGGUUACAGGGAACCAAGCAGAGGGCCUUCUGGGUGGUGGCACCCGCCCUGUGGAACGCCCUCCCAUCAGAUGUCGAGAAAAUAAACAACUAUUUGACUUUUAGAAGACAUCUGAAGGCAUCCCUGUUUAGGGAAAUUUUUAAUGUUUGGUGUUUUAUCGAGUUUUUAAUAUUCUGUUGGAAGCCACCCAGAAUGUCUGGGGAAACUCAGGCAGAUGGGCAGGGUAUAAAUAAUAAAUUAUGAUUAUUAUGAAACCACAGGAUGGGAGUGUUCUCUCUCUUGUGCUCAGGUCCAGUUUGCUGGUUUCCCAACGUGUGAGAAAAGGAUGCUGGGCCUGAUCAAGAAGGCUUUUCUUACGCCCCAUGCUGUUGCUGCCAUUUAUUUAUUUUUGCAACAUCCACAUGGUUUCAUCCUCAAAAUGCCAAUGCAUGCUUUUUAAACGCUGUUGACCUAGAUUUCCCCUUGCCACAGAAAAUCCAGUUAGUCAGACCAACUCAUCACGCCUCUGCAGUUACUGUUGGUGUAGACAAUCCUUAGCACUUUGGGGACUUUGGCUGUGUGUGUGACGCAUUCCAUUCUUCUAUGGAUUUGUUUGCAAAUGGCAAUUGUCACAUUUAAAUUCUGUAAGUAAACAAUUUAUCCUCUGCUUAUUUUAUCACAGUUUAUAUACUGCUUGAUUGUAAGCAGAAGGGAAAACCUCAAAGCGGUUUACCAAAAGAAGAGAACAAUGACGUUAUCAGUAAAGACGUGAAGCUUUCAAAUUAAAAUCAGUUAUCAGAUAAAACCAGAUUAAAACACAUGUCGGCAUUCUGCAUAUUUGGCUAAAGGUAAAGGUAAAGGGACCCCUAACCAUUAGGUCCAGUCGUGACCGACUCUGGGGUUGCGGCGCUCAUCUCGCUUUAUUGGCCGAGGGAGCCAGCGUACAGCUUCCGGGUCAUGUGGCCAGCAUGACUGAGCCACUUCUGGCAAACCAGAGCAGCACACGGAAAUGCCGUUUACCUUCCCGCUGGAGUGGUACCUAUUUAUCUACUUGCACUUUGAUGUGCUUUCGAACUGCUAGGUGGGCAGGAGCUGGGACCGAACAACGGGAGCUCACCCCAUCGUAGGGAUUCAAACCGCCGACCUUCUGAUUGGCAAGUCCUAGGCUCUGUGGUUUAACCCACAGCGCCACCCACGUCCCUAUAUUUGGAUAGGCUUGCCUUAAAAAGAAAAGGGGUUUUUAGCUGUUGCUGGAGAGGUACCUGCCUCGCGUCAAUAGGCUUGGAGUUCCAAAGUUUGAGUGCUGCCACAAUGAAAGAUUUGAGUUUUUACAAAUGUGUUGAUUUUAUUCAAAUGUCUGGGACACCCUCACACAGCAGCCAACCCAUUUCUAAAUAAGGCUGUGCCUUUGCAAACACACUUCCCUCACCCCAUCCCACCUUACCCCACCCCCAAAAGCACAGGGGCCGAUGGGUGUGUAGAACAAGGGUUGCCAACACGGUGCCCUCCAGAUUCUGCUGGGCCCUGACUCCCAUCACCCCUGGCUAUUGCCCAUGCUGACUGGGGCUACAUUGGGAGCCCAGCCAGAGGAUGGAGGGCUCUACAUUAGGUGUUCCUCAUGUCGAAAGUAUUCUGAGUGCUUUCGUGCCAAUAGGAACCUGCGAGAAUCAUCGGACGGGUUCGCGGAGGAGAUCAACUUCGAAGACUUCUUGACGAUCAUGUCCAAUUUCAGGCCCAUUGAGAUGGACAUGGACGACGAGCAGCUCGAUCGAUUCCGGAAGAAGAAGCUAAAAUGUAAGGUGCUCCCUUUUCUCGAUCGAGCCUGUUGCUUUGUUGGCAGACGGGAGGAACGGUCUGCAUGAACCCACUGCGUUCAUUUUUAGCUGUAAAGAGUGUGGUUCCCGGAGCUUCUCCCCUUCUUCCAUGUCUACUGUGUGCCUUCCCAUCUCCCACUUCAAAGUCAUCCAGAGGAGAAACUUUUUCCUAUCGAGGGCCACAUUCUGUUCUGGACAAAUGAAGGUGCUUUGGAUAAAGAACUGAUCCUGUACUUAUUGAGAACUGCCAGGAUGGUUAUUGUAGAAAUAGUUUUUAAAAGGAAUCUUUAGAAGGAUUAAAUAAGGAUUUAUGGUACAGUCAGAAUCUGGUCCAUAGCGAUUAUGGAAAAAUUACCAUAUUUUUUGCUCUAUAAGACACACCCGACCAUAAGACACACCUAGUUUUAGAGGAGGAAAACAAGAAAAAAAAUAUUCUCUCCCUCUCUGCGCAGCGCCUCUCCAGCAAAGCAGGCGGAGAAACGGAAGGGGCUCUGUUUCUCCUCCCGCUUUGCUGAAGGGGCACUGUGCAGAGAGGGAAAGCUGCGCAGUGCCUCUUCAGUGAAGCGAAGUCAGAACAGCAAGAGGGAUCGCUGCGCAGCGAAAGCAGCAAUCCCUCUUGCUGUUCUGGCUUCUGGGAUAGCCAUGCCAAGCCUCUUCAGGGCAGGGGGAGCGUUCCUCCCGUUGCCCUGAAGAGGCUUCGCACGGCUAUCCCUGAAGCCAGGAGAGUAAGAGGGAUCGGUGCACACCGAUCCCUUGCUCUCGUGGCUUCAGUGAAAGCUGCGCAGCCUGCAUUCACUCCAUAAGACGCACACACAUUUCCCCUUACUUUUUAGGAGGGGGAAAGUGCGUCUUAUAGAGCGAAAAAUACAGUACGUCGAAGGUUAAGGUAUACCAGAGGACACCCCCCCCUUCCCUGCCCAUCAUUUUCAACCAGGGGGGUGAAAACUUAUUUCAUGACGGUGAUAAUGUUCAAAGGCCUCCUGUGAGUUAUGCUCUUUGGCAUUCUUGGCGACUUCUCAUCGUCAAGAGAGAACAUCGUAAACCGUUAAGGACAAUAUCCCGAGAUUUAUAAGUAAAGCAAAGCCUAUAUUUUAAGAAAGAAUAUGUUACUACGCUCCAAUAUCAGUAAUUGUCUCCCCCCCCCCCCAUGGGCUAUGAAUGAGAUGACCAACAUUUUUGGUCCGUGUGUGUUUAAUUUGCAUUUGCAUUCAAGCUGUAGUUAUUUUUGUAAGUCAUUAAAUUAUAUGUUCUUGAUUUUGCACACACGCACACAAACACCCUUCCCCUGCCUACUGGCACAAGAACUCUGUUGGUGUUUGAUACAGUCCCUGAUUUGAUGUUAGGCUCAGUUACCAUUGUGCAGGGUAAAUGUGGGUUCUGAAGGAAUUUAUUUCACGCAUAGUACUGUGCUUUUAAGCUGCUUACUCCUGACCCUAAUUUAUUUUGCCUUCUCUCCCCUAGUUCUUUUCCACAUGUACGAUGCAGACAGUGACGGCAAGAUCACUCUGCAGGAAUACAGGAAUGUAAUGUAUUAUUAUUAUUAUUAUUAUUAUCAUUAUUAUUAUUUGGGCAUCCCACUCCCUUAACUGCAUUUUCAACGACCCGGCACCGCUCCUCCUCCUCCAACCAGUUUGCAACUUGCUUCUGCCCUCCAGAUUGUGCAAGAGAUGCUUUCGGGGAACCCCCACCUGGAUAAGGAAUCGGCGAGGUCCAUCGCAGACGGAGCCAUGAUGGAGGCUGCCAGCAUCUGCGUGGGGCAAAUGGUAGGCUGAGCGCAACGCUGCAUUCCGAGGCAAGGAAGGGAUGUAGCUCAGUGGUAGAGCAUCUGCUUGCCCGCAGGAGGUCCCAGGUUCAAUCCCCAUCUCCAGAUAGUGCUUGGAAAGAUGGGGGGUGGGUGGAGAGGUACAAAGCAGGAUUGAACUCCCCAUACACAGCUGCUGAUGCUAUUCCACUUUCUGCAGCUGUGUCUCUCUGCCCCCACACCUGACAUCAGGUGUGUGGCAUGUGGGUGUGUUUUUAGAAAAAAAUGGACUGGUGGGCCAAGUUUGGCCCAGGUUCCCCAACCAUUUUAAUGUUGAUUUGUGUUUUUCCUCAAUUGUGCAUUAAGGUUGUGCUGUAAGCCCUUUUAGGAAAACGUCGCCCUUAAGAAUGGCAUGUAGGUUUUUGCUUUGAGUUAAGAAGUAAGAGCCCUCCGUUUUUUCUCUGAAUGCCUCCUCUGCCCUUAUAAGACUUUCACCUAUCAACGUAAUGCUUCUGUUCUUGUUGCAGGAGCCGGAUCAAGUAUACGAGGGAAUCACAUUUGAAGACUUCCUUAAGGUUAGAAUGGAUGCUCACCCUAUUGCUUGGCGGAAGUGAUGGAGACCAACCUGUGGGAGGGGCGGGGGCAGGAGAGUGAGAGGAGACAGAGAGGAGGGACACAGUGCUAGGCUUUCUGUUACCUCUAAAACUGGAUCCUGUUUUAUGGGUUUAAAUCGCCUUAACCCUGCUUGAUAUGUUUUUAUAUUGCUGCUUUAUUGGUUUUAGGCUGCAUUUUAAUGAUUUUUUUUCCUGUUAAAUUGCACGCUGCUUGAAAGAUUUUUUAAAAAUUAAGUUGUCAUAUAAAUGUUUGUGGCCUGCAGCAUUAAAAGGGCCCCUAACCUGUACUCAUGGCUCAAGCUUGCUUUUGUUGCCUCUCCACCGGCAGAUCUGGGAAGGGAUAGACAUUGAGACCAAGAUGCACGUUCGCUUCCUGACCAUGGAGCCGAUUGCGAUGUGCUACUGACCAUGGAGAAGCUGGGACUGAGGUGUUGGUGCCUUCUGGAGCGACCUGGGACGGAAACCGUCAGGCGGUCGAUACGGGUAUUAAGGGGGAACUGCAUCUCCCACGGCUGGGGCAGUUUUUUUUGCAGGGGGGCGUUGCAGGUUUAGGAGUUGAUGUGCCUGGCUUUGGCUUUACAGCUAUUUUCUCUCUCUUGUCUACACUAAAAAGCCUCAAUAGCCUCAAAUCAUCAAUAAAGCAGGUUUUGUUUUUAAUUCUUGGCAGAAGCUUGUUUACUUGUGGAUCCUGUGAUCAGAUACAGUCAUGGGACUCAACUUUUAAAAAACCGGGUACUCUUCUUAACCAAGGGUGAGGAAUCAGAUCCAGAUUAUCUUACAUCUAUCUACUAUAUGUAUAUUGGAAAGUGAUUUCUGUCUGUUGUCUUAAAAUAUCAUUACCGAACUUGGCGUGAGGGUUCCCAGGGCAGGGGCGGUGCUCUCUGUUGACCUUUGCAAGCCAGCCACCAUUUUGAACCAAGAUGGUGGACUGCACCUGUUCUUUGGCAUAGACUUGACCGCUCUCGAAAAACGUGACUUUGGCACAUGACUUCCCUCGAUUUUUGGAGCAAUGAAUCCAAACUCACAAAUUACACCAUCCAUUUUUGGGGGGGUGGUUCUACAAAAUCCUGGGCAGUCCAAGUACUCUUCGCUAAUUGUUAAAUAAAACUGGAGCAACAUGCCCCAAGGAACAGGGGAUGCCCUGUGUAGCAUGAAACAUGCCACUUUGUUAUUCCCAGUUGGUACAGUUAUAUUUAUAAAAGUAU